AGCUUACAAUUAAAAUAUGCAGGUAUUAACAGAAUGCAAUACAGUUGUGCACAUGCACAGUGCUCAGCUCGUUGCCACGCAUGGCAUGCGGCGUUGUCCACCCGGAAAAAAACCCAGCAAUUCUUGCCGGAAUGUCACCGCAAUCUCAAACUGCGUGUUUAUUUUAGCAUCUCACAAGCUGACGCGGAAAGGAAUGGCGGAGAGGGAUGGCGGAGAGGGAUGGGGAAGAAGCAGACCAGCCCUGAAAGCUUCCCGUGGAAAUUGCAACUAGCGGUUCGAUGACAACCCACACCAACCACCACUACUGCCCAACUACUGUGAUACACUGGCUGCCACAUUGCUGAAGCUGCUGCUGCUGCUGCAGCUGCUAUGCGUGUUGGGGCGGCGGCGGCGGCGGGAGGGGGACGAGCGCGCUUUCGUUGCAAUACUUACGGUAAGAUAUGGCAAGCGGUGACAAGAGGAAAUUGCCAGGAAGGCGGUCUGAUGCCCGAGUCGCACUGUAUUAGCUACAGAUUUCUUUCCAGCCGUUUCGGCCGCCCAGAGUCGUGCGUCACAACGCAACGGGGCUGGCUCCCGAAUAAACGGGGCCCUUCCGACCCGCUCAGAGUCCCGCCCACAGAUUCAGCACCCCGGACAGCAGGCGCUACGGUGCCACCCCAGCCGGAGGCGCCCCUCAUGCUGAACGACAAUGCCGCUGCCUUGGCGGCGGCGGUGGUGGUGGUCUGCGUCUCAACUUGACGAGGAGCUCAGCCAGUUGUAAAAGCUGCGCGGGCCCAGCAGUCUCGUCUAAGGUCAAGAUUCGCGGAAAUGAAAGGCGAAAUAUCCCGUUGAAGGAGAGGAAAUUGUGUGCGCGGAGAGGUCAUCGGUGCAGCCCAGUCUAGGGGCAGGGGGGUUGCAUAAAAACCGUGGCUCAAAGGGAACCGAGACACAUCCCAGAGUGGCGCUGCGAAACCCACCGAUGAACGAGCGCGACGCAAUGGGCUCUCGGCCCACCGGCGAGCGGCCAGGCAAGGCCCCCACCUACACGGGCGACAAGAAAGCCAAGCUCGCCGCCAAGACGAACCGCAAGUGGGUGCGGCUGGCGACGGUUUUCGCCUACGUCCUCUCCGUCUCGUCGGCCGCGAUCGUGCUGGCCGUUUACUACUGCAUCUUCUGGAAGCCCGUCAACGUCCCGGCGGACGGGGCGAUCGUCCCCAAAGCCACCGCGGCGGCACCGGUGGGCGGCGCGGGCACCGUCGUGCCGAGCGCGCCGGUCCCCGACGGUCGUGGGGAGACGUCCCGCGCCGCGCCGCCGGUAGUCGGCCCGGCCAGCGCCGCCGAGACGUCCGCCGGGACUCGAACGGAGCGCCGGCACUUGCACGGCGAGGACACGGAAGGAAGAUCGGAUCACUUUGGAAAGAGCACCCUCUUGGAUUACUACACGUCUCCGUUGCCCUUGGAGGACGCGGCCGCAGAGCAGCGUUACAGCACGGAGCCACAUUGGUCAAGUGGGAAGAAGGACGACUAUAAUUAACCAACACACCUGGGCACAAAGACUACGUUUGGCUUCUAUCUUAGUUUGGGCCAAUGCUUCGCGUUGCCCCUAGCUCAACGACAUAUCUAGAAAUGUCGGCAUGGUGUGCGCGAUAUUUAACCACGGUGUUACCAGUUACGUCGGCGUACAACGAUGCUUCGCUUGAUUUUUUUUCCUGGUAAGCAAGGCCCCCAUCACAUGGCUUUGAUGAGCCCGUGAGCUCAUAUGUCGCAGGUACAAACACGGCGCAGACACACGCCAGAGUGCGGGGGCCAUCUGCGGCAACCGGGUUGGGGAUGCGCUCUAAGCGUACGUGGAAGUGCUUUUUCAAGUAGAAACCCAUAACCUGGGAGUGGGCGCGGCAAAAUGCGUGAUGAUUAAAAAGGGCAAAAUAUUUACUGUUACUUUUUUAAAAUGUAUACGUCUAGAAAACAACCUGAAGAAAACAUUUUCAAUAACUUUAGUAGGUGAAUGUCACUCGUUUGUCCUUGCUUCCUUAACCAAGUAACAACGUGUUUCCCCUGUCUUGCGUUUCACAAGUUUACAAAACAACACGACACUUUGAAUGUUGAUCAUCGUGUUCGAGUUCUCCUGCCUGUCACACAAGCCUCUCCAGAAAGCGACCCGUGAUAAACAGUUAAAAUCAAGAUUUCAUUGGUCAUUGGGAUAUGGGGAUCAAACAUCUCGGAAGUGCUUCUUUUAGAAAAUAACGUGGGUUUUUCUUCAAUAAAAGGGAUGUAACAAAGAUACACUUAAAACGGUUGUCCAAAUAUAUAGAGUUGUGGUUGUGUGCAAUAUAUGACCUGAAAUUCGUUGUUUAUGGGACCGGAAUUUCGUCAGAAAGCCAUUAAAACUAAAUUUGCUUCAAAGAACAAGGAGUUGUGUUGAAGACGUAUAAGCACAGACCCGACUGGAUGACGUUAUGUAGCAAAACAGUUAAUAAUGGUAACCGGGUAUGUCCUUCAUAAAUGGGAAAUAAAAGAUGAACCAGAGUGCGAUUGUUGGCCAUGCAACCAACACUCUGGGCCAUAUAGAAACCCACUGCAGUCUACGCUCCUUCAACAGAGGAAUAGCAAAACUACACGAACUCUCUCCUGAAGCCCUCUUGUCGUGGCCAGCAGACUUCGACAUUGGCCAUUUAGCUCCUAAACACAAUGCCAUGCGCAGGAACAGAAUAGUGACUGGGUAUGGCUGACGUAUUGCUCAUCUUAAACAUUGCUGAACACUAUAUCUACAGAAUGGUUCCUAAGUAUUGUACAGUAUUUUAGUUCCUUCAGAAUGUAUUCCAGGUUCUUACUAACCUAGUGUAACCCAUGACAUUGUAAUACUGUAUUUUAUUUCUCCUAACUCCAUUCAACAUCCAUUUUAAAAGCAGAAUAUCUGCACGUACUGACAUAAGUAAAAUGACCAAUAAUGUUGCAAAUGUAGUAUUUUUGUUGCAUUUACGGAUGUUUACGAAAUUGUAGAUUAUUUCCAUAGGGUGUUAAUAGAUUAAAACAUGGUAAACAACAUGCGUCCACAUUGGUUUAUAAUAACAUUCCAUUCCAUCAUAUUAAUAAUAGAGUACAUUAAUCUGACUGGUAUAGGUAGUGGAAGUAUUAACAUUACAAAGUGUUCCUUUUCUGAGAAAGUAUCUGACAUUUUCCCCCUUUUUAACUGUAUCAUCUAUGACCAACUGCAUACAUGUACAGCCUGUCAAAUCUAAAGUGACUUUUUCACACCUUGACACACUAUUACCCAACCAGCCUCAAUAAAAUCCAAGUGUAUGUUGACAAAUGACAAACAAAAACUUGAGCCAAUUUUAAGUUUAUUUGCCAAAAUAGCCAUUCAAAAUAUUUGUCGCAAAACACUAGCUCUUGAAAUUAAUAAGGAAGAGUGCAAUCUCAUUUGUGAUUUGGAGACAAUUAGCAUUGUCUUGCAAGGCCCUCUUGGAGAUACGCUGGAUUUCCAUAAAAAUAAUCAGCCUAUUAGAAUUUUAAACUUGCUGUUUUUAUUCAAAUAUAUGUUUUCCAAGAUGGAUGGAUGUUUAACAGUUUAACACGUAGGAGGCUUUCGCGACCAAUAUCAUCCAUAAGAGGGUUUUGGCAUGUUCUGUUUAUGUGACAACCCUUACUAGUUCGCUGUGUCGGGUGGUGGCGGGUUUUAACGACACAUUUACAUAUUUACGCCUUAGGGAUGGAUGUGUUUCUCCCAAACAGCCACCGCUUGUCUCGUGUACUGUACUGCAAUUAAUGAUUUCUGUUUACAUUAGCACCCUGAUUAUAACCGUCUAUUAUUGAAUGGAAUUUUGUCAAGUGUAGCCUAUUUAAACUUCGAACUUAUUCACUGCAUCCCGAAUGCAUUUAUUCGAUCAUAUAUCGAGCACGUGUACAUUUUGUUUCCCGUUUGUGAGCAGGCUGGGUCUCUUCGGAAGAACACAAUGAAAGGCAACAUUUAUCUAUGUAUUUUAUCAUCCAAAUGCAACCACAUCUACAGGUGCUGGACAGAACAAGUGGGCGUGUUUGUUGUGUCGAGGUAAAGAGGAAGCCAGUCAUAGGCAGAGGAAAAAGAGGAUGAUUUUGAGCCUGGACUUGAACAGGGGUAGGGAAUCGAUAUAACUGACGAACUGGGAAAGAGAGUUGCUAUGGUGGUAGCGGAGGAUAGUGAGCAACUUCCCACUGAGUGAUAGUUCACGGGGGGAUUUGACAGAAAACAUUGGUUACUGGAGCGGUGCGUGUGUGGAGGAGAGGAGAGUAAGAUACAACGGUAGAGGUAGGUAGGGAGGGAGCCCAAAGAGAUGUUGAGUGUGAUCUUGAAAUUGAUCCAGUAUUGCUUUAGGAGCCGGUGGGAUGAUUAGAAUAUAUGUGUGACGUCUCACUUGCGGAUUAUGGCGAGAAGCCUGGCAGUAAUAUUUUAGAUCGUGUGGAGUUUAGAGAUCAGAUAUUUGGAGAGGAUGUAAAAGACAGUUUUCGGGAGUCAAAUCGGGACGUGACGGGGGUCGGGUCUCGGCAGAAGCUGGGUUAAGGAGAUAGUGGGUGCCGGAGAGGUUACGCAAAUGGAUGUGUGAGAUCCUGGAGAGUUGAGAUAUGUGGAAUGGGAAUAAUAGCAGCUUAGGAUCUAUAACAACUCCAAGGCUCUGCACUCUUUUCCAAUUUAAUGUCAAGAAUUUGAGAGGUGCACACUAAAACUGGAGUCCACUGAAAGUGAACUUCUUUGUCCGAUGAGGAGGACAUCAAUUCGCCAACGUUUAUUUGGAGAACGUUAGAACAUAUUCAACACGAGACCAUGUCAAAGCAGGAUGUGAGAGUGGCCAGUGAAGUUCAAUACGUGGAGUUAGAUGUACAGAUUACAAUUACCAAUGCAAGUGACGGCCGACAUUAAAAGUGGAUAUGAUCUUGCCAAGUGGGAGGCGAUGUACUGAUAUGAGCAGGGGGCUUUGGAUGGAGUCUUGCGUGGAUGCCUAAGCACAGGGAUUUUAGAGAGGGAGACAGUUGAUUUGAAGCUUUAGUGACUGCAGGAAUCCAUACUCUUUGGUUCUUUCGGUAAAGUCACGUAGGUAGAAAAAUAAUAGAGCACGAUGUUCCGAUCGCAACACAAGCAAUCGCCUACUUCAGCAGUUUGUUCUUGCUGUGGUUAUCUCACCUGAUGACGAUUGCUUGUUGCGAUCGAAACGUCGUGAUCUAUUAUUUUUCGACCUACGUGACUUUACCGGAAGAACCAAAGAGUAGGAAGACAGUUCUCGUCUGAAAAUGUAAAAGUAGCAGUUUGAGAGGUGAGAGUCGACCCGGGAGACGAAGUGUGUCAGAGAUGCCUGCAUUGUUGUGCGGAGACACUCAAGGAGGAUGGAGAAGUCCAUGAUGUAAAAAGCAGAAGAAAUAGUCUUGAAUGACUAGGAGUGAGAAUGAUCCACGGUCCGAGGAGAGAAGACGACCGCUUACCACAUGUAGGAGAAUAGUCUCUGGAGAAUUGCCUUGGUAAAGGCGGAGUUUCCUGGGUCGUGGGGACCUCAGGAGGGGAGGUGUUUGGAGAGAUAUGAAAGAAACCCCGAUCUGCCCACUUUUUUUUAAGAAUAGGGAGGUUUUGAGACGGGGUGGAAAUUGGCAAUGAUGUUGGCAUCCAGUGUGUUUUUAUUUCAGGUUGUGAAUAACAGCAGCAGCAUGCUUGAGAGCUGGGGGGAUAUAAACAGAUGAAAUGGAGGCAUUGACAAAGCUGGUGAUAUCCGGGCCCGGGGUGGGUAAGGAGUGAGGGAUGUGUUUGGUAGACACAUUACUGAGGAAGUUUUUUGGGGGUUGUGUUUUUUUGUGUGAUAUUUAUGAUGAAAUGUUGGCAGAUGUCAGGGGUAUGUGGUUUUGAGACGGGAAAAGGCAAUAGGAGGAACAGAGUCAGACCACACGAUGCCAUUCCGUAAUUUUCCUGACUUUUCCAUGGAAACAGGCCCAGAGUUUUUCGUACUUGGCCACUGAAGGAGUAAAUGACGAAACUGAGUUCCAUAAAAGCCAGAGGGAGUUGACUGGAACUGAAGAGGGAUUGAGGGUUUCCAGGACUAUUUGCGAUGACAGUAGAAAGAAAGAAAAAAACAUGUUUAUCCUUCCUAUUUAUUUUCCAAACAAGGUUUACAUUUUUUUAUUAUUAACCAGCGCGAUUCUAAUAAAAAAAAAUUAACCUGGUAAAAUGAGGAUAGGCUUGCUGCAUGUGGCACAGGUUGCUCCAAAGUGGCAGCAAUGCUUUUCAACUGUAAGUGUUUUAAGUCGCAAUCGCUGCGGUAAUCGCUUCUCGAUUAUCACGCUCGACAUCUCUGUAGGCAGAGCUUCUUAACUCGUUGGUAAAAGGUGACCGGCAAGCCACGUGCGAUGCGUUGCCCGUUUGGACCACGUAGCAUUGAGAGAGCCCCCAUCGAAAACCCGACGUCUGUACAGCAGCUCUGCGCGGUUUCAAAAAAUAGAACACGUGGCCGAUUUUACGAUGGUCAACUCGCAGCGGCAUCGAAGCGACUUUCACAGUGGAACGAGCGAAGAGAAAAAAAAACUCCCAGCAUUAAUCGAUCAUUAACACUGCCUUAAAAUUGGAAGCAUAACGCAGGCUGAUGUUUUGGGCAAAGAAAGUUGUCCUGUGGAGCUCUGAGACAACUGACAACUAUUUUUUUUACAAAAUUGAUAAAACGAAUGGUUUUGAAUUUUGACGAGUAGUUAUUUUUUUAUAUCAGUGGACAUUCAGUGUUUCAUUUCCCAGUUAUAGAUAUUCGUAGGUACAUGUAAUAGCUCAGGGCACCACAUUGGAAAAGUGUGAUCUCCAACUGGAAAAAAAAACUCUGCAUACUGUGCGUUUUAAUGCCCUCUCCACAUGCUCCGAAGAAGGGCGACUGCCCCACGCAACAUGUACACAGGGUGCUUCGAGAAAAAGUCAACACUGACAUGGGACUAUCGUUUUAACAUGAUAACAAAUGUAAUGUUACUAGCUUCAAAAAGUAAAAAGAGUCUCCACUUGUUCGCCAUCGUUGUCAACACGUGGCCUGGAAUCUUCUCCAGGUGUCUUCCAGAGCCCGAAGGCAGCGGCACAUGUCACGUGGUAUUGUUGCAAAUUCUCGGACGUGUCAACAUUUUUUUGAAGCAUCCUGUACUUAUGUUCAAUUACAGACAGUGUUAAUGACGAAUGUUGUGAGAGUUUUUUGUUAUGCCACGUGCUUGUGUUGCACUAUCCACACUCUGCCCCUAAAUGUUUUGAUUUAAUGUUGAAACCAUACUCAAGCACUGUACUGCCACAAUAGAUUAAAGAGUGUGUUUGUCCUUCACUCAAUUGGUUUAACUAACAUUACUCAGGCAAGUGUAAUGAGAAGCCGAGAGGGUUCACGUGGGUGAGUGUAUUAUACAUCUCAUCCGUCAGGCAUGCUUAAGCUGUAGGUUGUAGGAAGUAAGAGACAGUCAGAAUCGACUUUUGAACGAUGAAUAAAUCAACUACACCACUGACUAAUCUAUUACGCAUUACACUUUGGUUCCAUGUUAACGUAGCUAUUUUCUUAAACGUUUUUUUUAAUUGUACCUUGAAAGGUAAUUAACGGUAUAGAGUAAGCAAGCAUUUUGGACAAAAUGGCAUUGCAAAGUGUUUAUUAUAAUAACAAGUGAGUGGAAAUGUGUGCUGCAAUAAUAAUAAAACAUAAUCUAAACUUAAAA